UAAAUUCGUAGCGUUGUUCCACUCAACAUCAAACUCGAUCUAGCAGUCGAUCAUAACACUCGCAGAAAUGGCUUUUAAAUUCAUCGUCCUGACAUGCCUUGUAGCAGCCGCUAGCGCCGGCCUGGUGCCCGCAGCAGUCUCGUAUGCAGCGCCUGCCUACCACACCGCGCCCGUGGCCUACGCCGCCGCGCCCGUCGCCAAGCUCGCCGUAGAGGAAUACGACGCACAUCCGCAGUACAGCUUCGCUUACGAUGUUCAAGACGGUCUCACCGGAGACUCCAAGUCCCAGCAUGAGACUCGUGAUGGCGACGUUGUCCACGGAUCCUACUCGGUCGUCGACCCUGACGGCAACAAGCGCACCGUUGACUACACUGCCGAUCCGCACAACGGUUUCAACGCCGUCGUCAACAAGGAGCCUGUCGCCGUCAAGGUCGCCAAGGUCGCCGCGCCCGUCGCUUACCACGCUGCCCCCGUUGCCUAUCAUGCCGCCCCUGUCGCCUACCACGCCGCUCCCGUAGUUCACGCCGCACCCCUAGCGUACUCUGCGCCCAUCUACCACCAUUAAAUUAAUGUUUCAUUUCGAAUGGAAACUGACCACAAACACUGUAAAUAGAAACAAUUCUUAACAUUAUAA